GGUCGAAGUUGAGGCCGGAGCGGACGCGGCGGCGGCGCCGGGCGGAGGCCGCGGCUCCGGCACCCCCGAACCCCCCGGGCCUCGCGCCCCCCGCCGCCCCCGCGCCGGCCCCGCCAUGCGCAGGGAGAUGAACGGGGUCACUAAGAGCCGCUUUGAGAUGUUCUCAAACAACGAUGAGGCUGCAAUCAACAAAAAACUGCCCAAAGAGCUGCUGCUUCGAAUUUUCUCUUUCCUGGAUGUGGUCACUCUGUGUCGUUGUGCUCAAGUUUCCAGGGCAUGGAAUGUUCUGGCCCUGGAUGGCAGUAACUGGCAGCGAAUUGACCUGUUUGAUUUCCAGAGGGAUAUUGAGGGCCGAGUGGUGGAGAACAUCUCCAAGAGAUGUGGGGGAUUCCUGCGGAAGCUGAGCCUGCGCGGCUGCCUGGGAGUGGGGGACAACGCCUUAAGGACCUUUGCCCAGAACUGCAGGAACAUCGAAGUGUUGAACCUCAAUGGUUGUACCAAGAUCACGGACGUCACCUGCACCAACCUCAGCAAGUUCUGCUCCAAACUCAGGCACCUGGAUUUGGCUUCCUGCACCUCCAUAACCAACCUGUCCCUGAAAGCACUCAGCGAGGGAUGCCCGCUGCUGGAACAGCUCAUCAUCUCCUGGUGUGACCAAGUGACCAAGGAUGGGAUCCAGGCGCUGGUGCGGGGCUGCGGGGGGCUCCGGGCCCUGUCCCUCAAGGGCUGCACCCAGCUGGAGGACGAGGCCCUCAAGUUCAUUGGUGCCCACUGUCCCGAGCUGGUGACCCUGAACCUGCAGACCUGCCUGCAAAUCACAGAUGAUGGGCUGAUCACCAUCUGCAGGGGCUGCCACAAGCUGCAGUCCCUGUGUGCUUCUGGCUGCUCCAACAUCACCGACGCCAUCCUCAACGCCCUGGGACAGAACUGCCCGCGCCUCCGAAUAUUGGAAGUGGCGAGGUGUUCCCAGCUGACCGACGUGGGCUUCACCACCCUGGCCAGGAAUUGCCAUGAGCUUGAAAAAAUGGAUCUGGAAGAGUGUGUCCAGAUUACAGACAGCACACUAAUCCAGCUCUCCAUACACUGUCCACGGCUGCAGGUCCUGAGUUUAUCCCACUGCGAGCUGAUCACGGACGAUGGGAUCCGUCACCUGGGCAACGGCGCCUGCGCCCACGACCGGCUGGAGGUGAUCGAGCUGGACAACUGCCCCCUGAUCACCGACGCCUCCCUGGAGCACCUCAAGAGCUGCCACAGCCUCGAGAGGAUAGAACUGUACGACUGCCAGCAGAUCACGCGGGCCGGGAUCAAGAGACUCAGGACCCACCUGCCCAACAUCAAAGUCCACGCCUACUUCGCCCCGGUGACCCCCCCGCCCUCGGUGGGCGGCAGCCGACAGCGCUUCUGCAGAUGCUGCAUCAUCCUAUGACCCUGGAGCCUCCUCCCGCAGGCUGGGGCUGGAACCACGCCCGGGAGCUCCGGGCACGCCAGAACCUUGGAGGAAAAGCGCCCCCAGUGUCAUUUGCCAGGGCCAGUGAGCAGGGCUGGGCUGCCCUGCAGCCACCCACACACCCCCUGUGAUCCCGGCGGGAUGAGGGACUGGGGAUGGAGCUGCAGCUGGGCCGGCUGUUCCCGGCCUGGAUCGGCCUGAUCCUGAACCAUUCCUGCUGGGAAUUGCUGGGAAUAGCCCUGGCCAGGAGGGGAGGGCUCCCAGCCUGGAGGGACUGAUGCUGCUGGUGAGGUUGGAAAAGGAACCGAGAUCCUUGGAAGUGGGGAGAGGGGAGAGGAGAGGAACAUGCUUUAACCCUUUGUGCAGAAGGAAAAACCCCAACAAACCCUGAGAACCCCAACAAAACCUGAGAACCCCAACAAAACCUGAAAACCCCAACAAAACCUGAGAGCCCCAACAAAUCCUGAGAACCCCAACAAAACCUGAAAACCCCAACAGGUUCCAUGUCCGUUUGUCAGUGAGGGAAUGGAGCAGCAGCUGCUGAGCCAGGAUUUCCCUGGGAUUCAGGAUUUCCCUGGGGUCCAGGAUUUCCCUGGGAUUCAGGAUUUACUUGGGAUCCAGGAUUUCCCUGGGAUUCAGGAUUUCCUUGGGAUUCAGGAUUUCCCUGGGAUCCAGGAUUUCCCUGGGGUCCAGGAUUUCCCUGGGAUCCAGGAUUUCCCUGGGGUCCAGGAUUUCCCUGGGAUCCAGGAUUUCCCUGAGGUCCAGGAUUUCCCUGAGAUCCAGGAUUUCCCUGGGAUCCAGGGUUCCCCUGUGCUUCCCUGCUCCCACCUGAGCAUGCUCACAUGAAGGCUCAUCUUCCCCAUUUCAGAGGCUUCCCAGAUUGUUGUGAUAGAGCUUGGAAUUUCGAAUUCCACAUAUUUUACCCUCCCCAAAUCCUCCUUUUUCCUUUUUUUUUUUUUUUUUUUUUCCCAAAUUCAGUCAUUUCUUGAGAUUUCCCAGCCCAAAGCCACAAAUCCAUAAGGAAUUUUUUUCCCAGGAGAAGCCUGAGACUGUGAUGAGCUGUCAGGAAGAUUUUAAAGGAGCACAGGGAGCUGCACCCCAGGCUGUGUGAUCAGAGAUUGAGUGUCCAAACUUAUCCCAAAUCCAGGUUUUAUCCCAAUGACAAGGAUAGGGAAGAAUAUCUGUACAAAUCUGUAAUUCUCAGCACAGGGAGAAAGUUCCAGUCCGUGUCCCAAGGACUGUGAGUUCCCUCCUCCUGUCCUUUCCCUCCAUCCCUCCCCCAAGGAAAAGCCAAGUAGAGCUUUUUGCUUGUUGCCCUGAUGAAGAAUUAAGGAUUCCCUGAUGGAGCAGGGCUGGGAUCCUCCCUCACUCCCUGCCCUCCCCACCUGCCCAGGUAAGUGUGGUGCCCUGCAGGGAGCCCUGGAUGGGCUUUGGGUGUGCCAGGCCCAGCUCUGGGGGAGGGGUGGGGGGGUUGGGGGCUGCUUUUUUGGGGUGUUUCAGGCUCCAGGGGAGCCCAGACUGAUGAAAUUCCAGGGUGGAACUGCUGGGCAGAUCCCAAGGGUCGAAGGGGGCAGGGCUGGGCAGGUCCGUGGGUCCGUGUCCGUCGUUCCCGCUGUCCGUGCGGGGAGCUCGGGGCUGGAGCCUCCCUGCACCGAGGGCUUCGGCUCCCCUGGGUGCUGAGGAACCUCCUGGUGGGGAAGGAGCAGCUGCAGCACCAGGAGUGGCUGCUUUAGGGGCUGGGCAGGGGGAUUUUCCCACCAGGAAUUCCAAGGACAGUGAGCUGUUCCCAGCAGGAGGGUCCCAGGUGCCCCUGGAGCUGCUCCCCUUCAUCUCCCCCAGUCUGUGCUCACCCUGCUGGGAGCAGCUCCAGGCUGCUGUGGUUAAAAGGAUACUGUCAAUGCCCUCCUGUAGAUGGCUUUUAAUCCCUUAUAUUUAUUCAAAUCCUCUUUAGCGCUGUGGAUUCUCCCCCUCUCCUCGGGCGCCUUCAUUUCCAGAACUUUCUCCAGGUGUCAGGGUGGCAGAAGAUGGUGGUGACAGACUGGACGGGCGAGGGGUCACCCAGCAAUCACAGGAUUUGCACAACUCUGGGAAAAUAAAAAAAACAAACCCCUUUUGUUUAGUUCCUACUGUGGCAGGGGAGAGCGAAGAGCGGGGUUUUGGCUGGCUGAUCCCUUUGUAACAGAGCAGAGUUUUCCUGCAAAACUCCUGAACACAGAACCCAAAGCAAUUUAUUUUCUGUUUGCAGACCAGGGUGACAGCAUUAAGGUAGCUCAAACUUCUUGACAGUGUCCUUUUAAGUCAAUUAUCCGUCUUCAAAUGGACUCUUCCUGAUGUUUAUAUUUAUAAAUACCAAUAAACACCAUUUUCCAA